AUGUUUAACAAACUUAAACGAAAAGUAGUCGCUUUCUUUUAUUGUUACAGCAGCAGCAAGCAGCAGCAGCUGAAAACAACAGCAGCUGAAACACCAGCAGCUAAAACACCAGCAACAGCAGCAGCUGAAACACCAGCAGCAGCAGCUGAAACACCAGCAGCUGAAACACCAGCAGCUGAAACACCAACAACAGCAGCAGCUGAAACACCAGCAGCUGAAACACCAGCAGCUGAAACACCAACAACAGCAGCAGCUGAAACACCAGCAACACCAGCAGCUAAAACACCAGCAGCUCAAACACCAGCAACAGCAGCAGCUGAAACAGCAGCAGCAGCUGAAACACCAACAGCUAAAACACCAGCAACAGCAGCAGCUGAAACACCAGCAGAUGAAACACCAGCAGCUGAAACACCAGCAACACCAGCAGCUGAAACACCAACAGCAAAAGCAGUAGCAGCAUCAGUAGCAGAAGAAAUGGUAGCAGAAACAGAAACAAAGACAGCAUCACGCUGGUGGUGUUUGGCACUGGGCACAACCUCCCGCGAGGAAGAUGCCUUUUAG